ACAAAGUAAAUACAAGUAAUGUGAUAAAUGAUGUCUGAUGACAGCGCGGCUAAGAAAAUUAAGAUGACAGAACAUGCUGCAGCACCAGCUGACGAUCACUGCGCUCACUAUGUGCACCGGAAGAAACGCUAUUGCAAGAUGACGCCAAACAAAGGGAGUGUGUACUGUGGAGCACAUGAACCGGCCAGCGAGGUUAUAGAUGAUCCAGCUGCUGAACGCAUACCCUGUCCAUUAGAUCCCAAGCACACUGUAUUUAAACGAAAGCUAGCCAAACAUUUGAAAAUAUGUAAUGCCAGAGAUCAAGACAGCAACUUACCCUAUAUUGUAAGGAACAUUAAUGCAGGUGAGGAACUGGUAGACGUCACCGAACAAGAUAUGGAAGAUUACUGCUCACUAAAACUGCAUACUGUGGAGGACGCUGAAUUUUAUGGCGUCAUUGAUAAAGUCAAGCGUUUGUAUGAGACCCACAUAGCUAACAAAAUUGAGCAAUUGGAUAAGCGCCAUUCAUCUCUAAAGGAAGCUAUCGAAGAAGAAGAUCUGGGCAUGGAGACACGCAGGCACCUAGUGCAGACUUCUGCGCUGCUUGGCAUACUGCAAGAGGACCAGCAGCUCAUCGACAAUACCAGCUUUAUUGAAUUCGGCGCGGGCAAGGGACAACUGGCUUUCUUCCUAGCCACGGCACUAGAGUCCCAAAAGCUAUCUAACUCGCAGCUGCUACUCAUAGAUCGUCUAUCACUGCGUCACAAGAAGGACAAUAAAUUGACCAACAAGGAGUUGGUGCAACGCAUUCGAGCGGACAUUGCUGAUCUGAAAAUGUCACAGUUGCCGGAGCUGCAACGAACCAAGCGUAAUGUAGCAAUAUCGAAGCAUCUUUGCGGCGCGGCAACUGAUCUUACUUUGCGCUGUGCGCUAAAUGAUGCUGCUUGCUCAGCAGAUUAUAUACUCAUUGCUUUAUGCUGCCAUCAUCGUUGUUCCUGGCGUUCCUAUGUAGGCAAGGCGUUUCUUCAAGCCGCGGACAUAAGUGUACGUGAAUUUGUCAUCAUCACAAAAAUGGUUAGCUGGGCUGUGAGUGGAACGGGGCUAAGUCGUGAGCGACGUAAGGCUAUGGCGGAAGAAACACAGCCGCCACAGGAGUCGAUUACCCAAAGGCUGAGCCUCGAAGAGCGUGAGGAUAUUGGAUAUCAAUGCAAGCGCAUGCUGGAUUACGGUCGCGUGGAAUUCCUGAGAACCAAUGGUUUUGAAGCAUCGUUAAAGUUCUAUGUACCACGCAAUAUUACGUUGGAGAAUGUUAUUUUAUUGGCAAGACGAAAGCCCAAUAACGAAAAAUCCAUAAGCUAACCAAUAAUUUCGUACAAUUUGACAAUCGCAACUGCCUAGUUAACUAUUUUAAAUAUGUUUA